UUUAUACUAAACAUAAUUCCUAAAAUAUUGCUCUUCCCCCAAUUAAAAUUAAGAAUGAACUGCAAAACAAUCGAUUGCUUUAACUUAAGAGAAUACUUUUGUGAAAAUCACGAAAUGGUCAUCUGCUCCAGCUGCUAUGAGAACCUUCACUUUGACUGUGAGAGGCCAGCCAAGGAAAGUGAGAAUGGAAAGAGGGUCUUGCCUAUAUUACAUACGGAGGAGCUGAGCAGACAAGUGAAGAAUAUAAAGUCCGCGUUUAUUAUUUUCAAUUAUCAUAAGGAGAAAAAUAAUAUGGAAUGAGUUAGGGACUUUGCUGAACGAUUAGAGAAAUUUGAGGAAGAAUGGGAUCACUUGAGAUAUGAAACAGUGCAGGCAAUGAGAAUGGAUGAUUUUCUUAAAUAUGAUGAUAUUCAAGAACAUCUAAAAUGAUUCUUUAUAAAAUUGAAAGAAUCAGAUCUUUACAGCGAAUUUGCCAACAAUCUUCUUCAUAAACAUAUUCAGAAGGGAGUCACUAUGCUUACAGAUAAACCCUUUGAAGAACUAUAUGAUCUUGAACAAGGAUAUUGGAAAAUAAGAGAAAAACAAGUUGACUUCCACAAGAAAAAGCUCGAAACCCUCGUAAAACAAAAGGACCAAACCCCAAGUGACACUCCCACUACCACUUUAAACUCAUCACGUUCUCUUCCUGAAUUCAAAAGUCCUGCAGAAUCCCUAAUCCCUGACCCGAAGGUAUUAGAAAAGGUUGAGAGACAUGUGAGUGAAGUUAACUUAGUUGGAGAGGGUAUGCAGGAAGAGACUACUGAGAAUAAGGAGAUGAAGAUGGAGUAAGGAGAAACAAGGGAAUAUGAUGAAGAGACAUACUGGAGUGUCUUUUUCUUCAUCCAAGUUCCAUAAUACUUGAGAGGAAAACACUUUGCCCAGACAGAACCCUAAUCUUUAAGCUAAUUCCCUUUGUAAAAUCCAUCA